AUGCGUUUUUCCAACAUCUUUCUGAUGGUAUCUGCCGCUGUCCUCCUCACUUCCGACCUCUGUGGAGCCACGAACGCCCAAGGCGACAUCGUUUCAAAGCUGGGGCCAGAAAUGGUUCGCUCGGCGGAUGCGUUUGCCAGUGUCAAGAGAUCCCUACGCAGCCACAACGUCGACGGAGACGAUGAGGAAGAGAGAGCUGGAGGUGUUAACGCGUUUGAAGAAGGAAAACUCAAUAAGAUGCUGGGCGAUAUCAACUUCGCAUACAAGAAGUUCGCCAAAUGGUCCAAUCGCGGAUGGACGUCAAACGAUGUGUAUGAUCAUGUGCCAUACAAGCUCUAUUCCCAGUACUACGACUACCGCAAGAUCGCUGGCCACGCUUCUUAG